AGAUAUCGGACAGCUCUGCUGGAAUAAUGAGAAUAGCGUCGAGCUUGCGAGCUGCAAUAUAAGCAAAUAUAAGAUGAAAGAAGCUAGCUGGGCGCUAAUAAGUCGGUGUUUAUGCUUUUCAUCUAUUAUAUACGUAGUCAGGGCAUAUAAUAUACAUCUUUAAUUCGUCAUGUCAGGAUAAAAUCGUCUUAGUGCGCGGAAAGCUUCUCAGGCUAGUUUAGCUUGCUAGCAGUCAGCUAAUAAAGAGAGGCAGAAGUAUUAAACACGUCAAUAAGCGGAGAUAAAGUCUGAGAGUUAAGUGUUUGAUUGUGUCAACAUGUGCGAAAGAGCGAUAGCAGAGUACGAGGUCAGACGUUCUCAAACAGAAGCGGAGAAAAACCGACGACGUCAACUGCUGGAUGCUGUUUUCAGGAAACAUCAAGGUGUGUUACUCCGAGCAGAUGUCAGUGAAACACUUUCCGCAGCAGAGCAGGAGUUGCCACCACUCCCUCACAUUAAAGAGGAAGAAGAGGAAUGCUGCAUCAGUGAGCAGGGAGAAAAUCGUGAGGGACUGGAGGAGCGCCCAUGGAUUCGUGUCGUUGUAAAGAGCGAAGAUGAUGAAGAGGCAGUUGAUGAAGAUCACUGUGGAAGGUCACAAGCAGACAGCCUCUUAGCUCCACUAUCAGACACAAUGUCACACUCUCCUGACACGGAUGAUGAAGACUCUAAAGCGGAUAUGUCAUGUCAAAUCGACAACACACAGUGGAAAUGUUUCCAGUGUGACAAAACAUUUAAUGACCGUAGUAAUCUGAAAAGACACAUCAGAAGCCACACAGGAGAAAAACCAUUUAUGUGUUUAGUUUGUGGUAAGACAUUCUCUCAGAAGGUACACCUGGUCACACACACAAGAAUACACACAGGAAAGAAGGCUUUUUCAUGUUCGGUGUGUGGUGUAGAAUUUGAACGAAAGCAAGACCUGAAAAUGCACAUGAGAACACACACCGGUGAAAAACAUUUUACCUGUUCAGUCUGUGGUAUUGGUUUUGCACAAAAUCGAUAUUUGAAAAAGCACAUGAGGAGGCACACCGGGGAAAAGCCAUAUUUUUGUUCAAUCUGCAACAAAUGCUUUUCUGACCGAACACCACUUGUAGUCCACAUGAGAACCCACACGGGUGAGAAAGUGUUGGGCUGCAGUGUGUGUAAAGAAAGAUUCUCUUAUAAGUACCAGCUUAACAAUCAUAAGUGUGCUGGUGAGAAGGACAGCACUGCAUAAAGCUGCAGGUGUUGAAACAAACGGUCACGAAUGUAAUAACUUUGACUUUUUAAAAUUUGUGACGUUGUUGUAACAUGCUUCAUACCAUUUCAACACACUUAAUUGCUUUUUGAUCGGGGUACAUAAUAGAAAAGUAUGUACAUUGAAACAAAUUUCCCCCUAGAAAAUAAUGAAUAAUUGGUUCCAGACUCAACAAAAGUUAUAUUUGUGAAAGUCUGUACAUGUUAAACACAAUAUAAAGCCAAUUAAUUGUGAUGGGUCAAAAGUUAAAGCAUUUAGACAUUAUGUGAAACAGUUAUAAUGUGUCCAUUGUUGCCUUGGUGUGUCACUUUAAGAAAAAAAAAACAAUGCAGCUUCCAUAUAAAUAAAACACUCUUACUGAAAGAAGUCAGAGGAGUGGCGUGCCGCGUUUGACAUCGAUAUUUGUCGCCUUCAUCGAUCUAAACGGAACUAAGUAAAGGGAAACAUCCCAAAGUGUGGUAUUGUUUUGAUCUUGUAGUGCUGAACAAAAUGAAUGUUAUUUUCCUGUUUACUUCUUCGCUCAAUGACCAGAGUUGCACGUUUCAUAUUCUGUUGUGGACAGCUGUUCAUUUAAAGCAAAAAUAAAUAUGAAGUAUAUUCGCUAACUAUACAUUUGGUUUACAGGUCAUAUGUAGUGACAUUUUAAUCAGCAAAUUGCGCCAUUAUGAAAGAGCAACACUGUCAGUGCAUUGUCUAAACAUCCACUGAGUGUGCCACACACUCACCAAGGCCUCAUUUAUACAUCAAUACAAUGCGUUAAUGUAUAAUGUAUAAGAAGACAAGGGGGACAUUUGAUCAAUUAUAUUUACAAAUACAUCCCCCUUGCCGACUAACACGAGUCACUCUCGUGCGCUUGCAGUCGGAAAUAGCAUAAUUCCUUAACUUUAACAACCAGGUGGCUCCAAAAAGUUAGAGCAAAAAUACAAUCUUGUCUGGGUCCUUGAUUAAGUUUGCUUCUAGACAAGUUUGUCUGGCUUCACUUCUGUAUUAGGACUUAUGUCAUGUAAAAGGCGAAUUGCAUGUACAGUAUACGAAUUAGUGUUUUCUAUAUAUCCUAUUUGUGGUGGUGUCAGUCAUUUAAUAAUGAUUGUAUAAUUUGCAUAAUUGGCUAUGAUGCAUGUAUUUUCUAUCAAAAGCUAAUAAAAUGUUACUCUUAAAGACAAAACUGUUAUCUGUAUUAACAUAAUUUUCUUGUUUGUUCUGUUCUAUUUUUUCCAUAUGUUGAUGUUUUUAUUACUGCUAUGUAUCACAGGCUGCCUUUUAUACACCUAUUCAUAUUCUGCCCCUCUGAAUGUUGAAACUUGGAAUUGAGCUUGACAUGUAUGUAAACAAUCCUAUGAGACGAAAAAAAACAUCCAAAUUUAUGUUGUUUAUUGAUAGUCUCCACAAUGAAGUAAAACAGCAGUAAUAAUGAAGUAAUACAGUAAAACAAAGCACAAGAACAAAAAAAGCACAUUAUUAUACACAUAGAGUAUAUACAUGUAAUCACGUUAAAGCAACAAUAUAGUUUGGUAUAACUGAAAAAAAAAGCAAAACUAUACAGGAGAAAUGUUGGCUGUUGUGCUGCUAUCUUAAUGCUAACACAAUGGAUGAAUUUGAUUGAUUGAAACUUUUAUUAGUAGAUUGCACAGUACAGUAGAUAUUCCGUACAAUUGACCACUAAAUGGUAACACCCGAAUAAGUUUUUCAACUUGUUUAUAUCGGGGUCCACGUUAAUAAAUUCAUGGUAUGAGCCCUCUGAUAUGCUAACCGAAUUAGCAUGCAAUCUUUUAACAAAUGAGUUUUUAACACAACAAGAUUGACAUAAAACUGCAAAUGCAUUUCUAUUUACAGCAUACAGUAUGUAUGGGAAACGCAAAUAUUUUAAUUUAUGUACACAUACUACACUACAGGUAUACCUUUUUUAAAAAACAUUUUAAAUAAAGGCAAUGAUUCUUAAAAUGUGCGUGUACCUGUAGGGGUACACCAAAGAAUCACUUGAUUAAAGUACAGUGUUUUAUUUAUUUUCCUAUAUUAAAACAGUGUUACUGUUCAAACUAUGUGUAAUGAUACAGUGGCCAAAAAUAUUAAAUGUUCUUAAGUGAAACAUCUGCCUUGUUUUUAAUGAAUACUUAGGCCUACUAGGCUACGGUAUUUCAAUGUUGGUCCUUACUGGU